AGGAAGCUCCUCUUUCAGUUCCAUUGUUUCCUAAGUGUUUGUGAGGCUCGCUCAUGGGCAAGGAGCCAGGAAGGGGAAGGUUCCAGCAGGGGAGCUGAGGGUGAGCAGGCGUGUGCGCCUUCUGUCCCAGUGGGUGCUCUUUGACGGGACAUGGGUGCAGGCUGUUGCAGUAGCUGCUUGAGGCCAGUCUGAGCACAGGCGGGAGCCCGGGGGCCUGCGCGGGGAGGGGUGACCUGCUCUCCUCUCCUCUCUUCUACUUCAGAGCAUGACAGACCUGGUGAACUGCAACAUCAUGUCAGUGGUCCAGAUGACCCGCGUCGUCCUGCCCAGCAUGGUCACCAGGCGCAGAGGCGUCAUCAUCAACGUCUCCUCGAUGACCAGCUUAUGGAGUGUCCCAUUCUUGAACAUGUAUGCUGCGUCCAAGGCCUUCGUGCGAAGCUUCUCCAACGCCUUGGCCACAGAGUACCGCCCCUAUGGCAUCACCGUGCAGACCGUGAGUCCCGCUAUUGUCUCCACAAACAUGGCCAAUAACCUCCCACCUGGGCCUCUGAUCAUGCGGUCUGAAGACUUUGCCCGGGAGGCGCUGGACACCCUGGGCCUGUCGUCUGACGUCUCUGGCUGCCUGAGCCAUGCCUUGCAGGUUUGCCUGAUGCCUUUCCUCAUGCCCCAGUGGCUUCUACACACUCAGUGGGGAAGCCGGCUUGUCAAGCAGAACUUAAACAAAUUAAAGGAAGAUAACAAGUGAGCAGGUGCCAUGAGACAUUGCCGCUCUGGAAAGCUGGGCUGGUGUGGGCUGUGCUCCCAGAGGCCUCUCCCGCAUGGACACAGAUGAGGAAGCCCACGGCACUCAGCCUUCUAACACCAAGGUCUGUGCUGACUUCUGGGACGCUGCUCAGGCAAAAU